AUGAAUCCGACUAAACUCCUCCGCUUCUGCUUGACAUUUUUGUCAAUCCAUUUGUCAAUUGCUUGCAAUCCCUCUCAAGGAAACUCAACAGACCCUAGCAACCCCUUCGUCAUUGGCACAGAUGGCCCAGCACCCCCUGCAACAGUCGGGUACGCAUUCAACCAUAUUGGCCUCGUUACAACUCAUCUAUCUGAGAUGAAAGACUUCUACGUCAAUGUACUUGGAAUGAGAACGCUCUUCGACGCAUACAUUACACCAGAGUACACUGUCACUUACAUGGGCUAUGCCCAGGGUGGUCGCAACGGGACCGGAUUUCAAAGCGGUGCCGAUAUGAUGGCAGAGAAAAACAAUCUGUAUGGUUUAGUUGAGCUUCAGCAAUUCAACGUCUCGGAUGACCAUCUACUUGCUUCUACUAAGAGAAGUAAUACAUUUGGCCAUGUUGGUCUCAUUGUCCCAGAUGUGCUCAAAGCCCAGGAGUACUUUGAAAGCAAAGGGGUUCCGAUUUUGAAGAAAGUCAAUGUGCCCCUUUCUGAGCUUACUGGAGUUAUCCCUAAUGCUUACGGUCUUGGAAAGUAUGCGGGUGCGCAUAUCGAAGCAAAGAAGGCUCUUUUGAAAGCGCAGGGACUUAUUGGAAUUGAGAUGUUUUUGUUGAUUGCUGAUCCGGACGGCAAUUUGAUCGAAAUCCAGCAGCAGGAUGCCUAA